GAUUCUUUGCUGACCCUGUUGCGAUCUCCGUGCCCGUCAACUCAAGAAGCAACAGCCGCGGGGCUGCGAUGCUGCAUCGAGCGAGGAGGGAAGGCUCCAGUGGAAGCCCGCGAGUGCUUGGCUGCGGCUUUGGCUGCGACCGCGGAGAGUGAUGAGAGGAAUGUCCGCGAAGAGUCCGUGCGCGCUUUGGGGCGCCUGGGAAGUGCUGCGAACUGCGAGCAGACACGUGGGGGACGGAGGUCGCGUCUGCAGUGUCGCAUCUUCGAGACU